AUGGCGCCUCGCAUAGACUUCCCGCCCAUAAGAGCUUGCCUCUUCGACAUGGACGGUCUGCUUCUUGAUACAGAAGAUCUCUAUACGCUCUGCAUAAACCUCAUCCUCGAAAAGUACGGCAAAAGUACGCUACCCUGGUCUAUCAAGGCUAGAUUGCAAGGCCGACCGGGUCCUGAAGCAAAUGCCCUCUUUCACGAAUGGGCCCAGCUGCCCGUCGAAGAGUCCGACUACCUCGCUCAGCUUACUUCUUUACAGCAGCAACACUUCCCAACCGCAAAGCCUUUACCAGGUGUAGAAAAGCUGCUUGGGGACCUAGGGAGAACACGUUGGUGGGAUAUAAAGGACCAAGAAGGUGUCAGAAAUGGGAGUAAAGGAGAGAGCGGUGGAAAAAAGCAGCAAAGAGUCCACAUUGCAUUGGCGACUAGCAGCACUACGUCUAAUUUCACCGUCAAAACUUCCAAGUGGACCGAAUUAUUUUCCGUAUUCGAAUCCCAUCGAAGGGUGCUAGGCGACGACAAACGCAUUCAGCCCGGCCGCGGAAAACCCCUCCCGGAUAUCUACCUCCUUGCACUAAAAACUAUCAACGAUAGUCUCGAGGAUGGAGAAAAACCAAUUACACCUGAAGAAUGUCUCGUUUUUGAAGACAGCGUCCCAGGAGUUGAGGCCGGAAGACGAGCGGGUAUGAGGGUAGUAUGGUGCCCUCAUCCAAUGCUGAAGAAGGAAUACGCAGGCCGAGAACCAGAGAUCCUAGCUGGACGUAUGGGUGAGGCAGGCGAUGUUGAUGUGCACCAAUUAGGAGAAAUUGGUGACGGAUGGGCCGACUACUAUAGCGACCUAACCAACUUUCCAUAUGACAAAUAUGGAAUAGUAGUCCCACCUGCUGAGGCAGAACUGGAUACGGCUAUGAAAGAGGAUACCAAGGACGAACUGGUUGCCCAGGACGCCAAAACUGCGACAGAAUAA